AUGGGAAAGCGGUUGGCUCUCGAGGGGGAGAUUUCCUCCCUCCUCCAGAAACGAGAAAUUUACGCCGCUCCCAUGCAAGGGGCGCGGACGGGUUUCAUGUCCACCUUCUUCCUGGUUCCCAAGAAGGAGGUUCCAAGUGAGCGCCGAAAAGUCGCACCCGAUACCGUCGCAGAACCCUACCUUCCUCGGAGCGGCUCUCGAUCUCCGCCCACCGAGGGGACUAGCCCGCCCUACGGAGGACCGCGUACUGAAUUUUCUUCAGUGCGUGUCCCUCUUUCUCCCAGCGGCUGUGGCUCCGGCAAGGGCUUGGCUCAGGCUCCUUGGCCUUAUGGCCAGCAUGGUGGACUUGGUGGAUUUUUGUCUACUCCGGAUGCGGCCAAUUCAGCUCCAUCUGCUGUCUUUUUACCGCCCUCGACACCACCCUAUCCACCUGCCGGUACCCACUACGCCCUGGCUGAUCCCGCACUUGCGGUGGUGGCUGGACGAGGCCCAUCUCACUCAGGGGCGCGUGUUCCGUCCCCCUCAGCCUUGGGUGACCAUUGUCACCGAUGCGUCACAGCAGGGCUGGGGGGCGACCCUCCACCCGCGCCAGAUCGCGGGACAGUGGGGCCCGGAACACCGCUCGUCCCACAUCAAUGUCUUAGAGUUGAUGGCGGUCUUCAAUGCCCUUCGGCAUUUUCAGACUGCGGUGUCGGGACGCGCGGUGAUCGUGCGGUGCGACAAUACCACGGUCGUGGCUUAUGUCAACCGCCAAGGAGGCACCCGGUCGGCGCAGUUGUGCGCCCUGACUUGGGAGCUCCUUCACUGGUGCAUCCGCCAGGGCGUUGCUCUGUCGGCAGCCCACAUCCCGGGGGAAGAGAACGUGACAGCCGAUGCCCUCUCCAGGGGCUGGAUUGCCCCGACAGAGUGGUCCUUGCUCCCUCAAGUGGCACAGACCCUCUUCCGGCUGAUCGAUCGACCCCACGUAGACUUGUUUGCCUCACGGGCAAACAAUCAGCUGCCAACGUAUUGCUCAAGGGUUCCAGACCCCAACGCAUGGCAGAUCGACGCCCUGUCGAUUCCGUGGGAGGGCCUCCUGGCUUACGCCUUUCCGCCAUUCUCACUCAUCCCCCGGGUGUUGACCAAGAUAGAGACCGCCCACUGCCGGGUGCUCCUCAUAGCCCCGUUCUGGCCGUGUCAGCCGUGGUUCCCUCGACUUGUGAGGCUCCUGGUCCACCGCCCGGUGGUCCUGCCUCAACGUCCGGACCUCCUUUAUCAACCCAGUUCCGGGAUGAUUCAUCCGGCCCCGAGGGAACUCCACCUGACGUGCUGGGUGUUAUCACCCAGUCGCUCCGCACAGCAGGCCUUUCACGCCGGGCUGCAGAGCUUGCCGCCCAGUCGAGGCGUGCCUCCACUCGUAAGGUCUACGAUUGCCGACUUCGCCAUUUCUUUAAAUGGUGUAGACGGCAAUCUAUACGUCCCCCCAGUGCUUCUCUGAGGGACGUAGGGGAUUUUCUUCUCUACCUGUACGAGAAUGGGCUAGCGACCGCCACGGUCAAAAAUUACUGGUCGGCCAUCGCAGCCAUUCAUGAGGGUUUUCCCGAUGGCUCCUCGAUUUCUUCCAAUCAAGCGAUCUCUCAGCUGGCGCGGGGCAUGUUUGUAUCCCGGCCUCCGGUACGCAAACUUGUCCCGUCUUGGGACCUCCAGAGUGUCCUCUCCACUCUAGCAGGUCCCCCAUUCGAACCCCUCAGCAACGCUCCUUUGCUGCAGUUGUCGAUAAAGGUUUCCUUUCUGCUGGCGGCUGCUAUGUCGCACAGACGUAGCGAGCUCCACGCCCUGACUUUGGCACCGGGUCACAUUCAUUGGGAACCUGGUGGUGUCCGGCUGGUUCCUUCCGCAGGUUUUCUGACGAAGAAUCAGUCUGAUUAUUUUCAGCCUCCGGACAUUUUCGUUCCGGACUUAAAAUCCUUCUCGGCGGUUGCGGCUGACAGGCUUUUGUGCCCUGUCCGGGCGCUUAAAUGGUACAUAAGCCGCACCAAGCCUAUCUGUUCUGGCCAUCACCAACUAUUCUUGGCCUCGACAACCCCUCAUCAACCGGUAACGCGCGAUACCAUAGCCCGCUGGAUCGUUACCGCCAUCCGCUCCGUUCCGGGCGGGUGGCCGGCGGCCGAGGGCAAUAUCCACGCCCACAACGUACGCGGGGUGUCGUCCUCUUGGGCAUUUUUUAAAGGUAUACCAAUAGAGGAGAUAACCAAGGCAGCCUGUUGGAAGAGUGCUACAACCUUGUCACAGUGCUACAUGAAGGACGUACUCCAGACUGACGGCCAGGCAGGCCGUGCGGUGUUGCAGUCGGCCUCCCAGGGGUCAUCCUCCCGCUAG